AGUCAGUACUUCGCUAACUGCCAUCGCCUUAGCAGUUGUCGAUAUUGGUGUCGACACCGAAUCAUCACCGACAUUGGCCACCACGUCCGCGUACGUUGUCUACCUAUACAUUUUAUUACGAUUAGCUAGUUUGACGUUUGUAAAAUUACAUUUCCUUACGUCCAACAAGUUGGUCGAAAUAUUGUGAAUAAGURCAGUGAUAUUUGUGGAGAAGUGCUCGUUCGUUCGCACCAAUACCUAUACAAAGCGGCAAGAUCAAAACCUAGGGAUUAUAAAUGCUCAAAAUGGAAAUUGAAGUGGGGAAUCCCUCAACGCCCCCUACUACAUAUAGCGAAAAUGCCAAAAAUUUCUUCUCGUUUCACUGGAAAGGUUUAGUCGUAUUCCUAACACCACUCCUUGCCCUCCCUGUCAUCCUGAUGGACAACACGCCGGCAUAUCGCUGCAUGUAUUUACUGUUGGUUAUGGCAGUUUAUUGGGUUACUGAGGCAUUACCACUUUACGUCACCUCUAUGAUCCCAAUAGUCGCGUUUCCCAUUAUGGGGAUAAUGAGCUCAGACCAGACUUGCCGAUUGUAUUUCAAGGAUACCCUAGUGAUGUUCAUGGGUGGCAUUAUGGUGGCUCUUGCAGUCGAGUAUUCAAAUUUACAUAAACGCUUGGCAUUACGAGUUAUUCAGUUGGUUGGUUGCAGUCCAAGAAGAUUACAUUUUGGGCUUAUUGCUGUGACAAUGUUUAUAUCGAUGUGGAUUUCCAAUGCUGCCUGCACAGCAAUGAUGUGCCCAAUUAUACAAGCUGUUUUGGAAGAACUUCAAGCGCAAGGAUUAUGUAAAAUGACACAGGAGCCUAAAUAUCAAAUUGUCGGAAAAAAAAAUAAUACUGCAGAAGAAGAACCACCAUAUCCAUCGAAAAUGACAUUGUGCUACUUUUUGGGUAUCGCUUAUGCUUCGUCUAUGGGAGGAUGUGGCACUAUUAUUGGCACCGCAACAAAUUUAACUUUUAAAGGCAUUUAUGAUGGUCGUUUUCCAACAUCUUCGGAACAAAUGGACUUCCCCACAUUCAUGUUCUAUUCAGUACCUUCAAUGUUGGUAUACACGGGUCUGACGUUCAUUUGGCUACAAUGGCACUUUAUGGGGUUAUUCCGACCAAAGAGCAAAGAAGCUGAGGAAGUUAGAAUGGGUCAGAAUGGCGCUGAUGUUGCAAAAAAAGUUAUCGAUCAACGUUAUAAGGAAUUGGGUCCAAUGAAAGCGCAUGAAAUUCAAGUUAUGAUUCUUUUCAUCUUCAUGGUUGUUAUGUAUUUUACACGUAAGCCCGGAAUCUUCCCUGGUUGGGCUGACUGGCUCAACGCAAAAGAUAUUCGUAAUUCAAUGCCAACGAUAUUUGUAGUAGUCAUGUGCUUCGUUUUGCCAGCAAAUUAUGCCUUCUUACGUUAUUGCCUAUGCAAACGUCCGUUCACUACUGCUCCCACACCAUCGUUGGUUACAUGGAAAUUUAUUCAAUCAAAGGUACCAUGGGGUCUUAUUUUCUUGCUUGGUGGAGGUUUCGCACUCGCUGAGGGUAGCAAAGUCAGCGGUAUGGCCUCCAUGAUUGGCAACGCCCUGGUUGUUUUAAAGAGCCUUCCCCACCCCCUUCUGCUAUUGGUCGUGAUUUUAGUGGCUGUGUUUUUGACGGCGUUCAGCUCUAACGUAGCAAUCGCAAAUAUUAUUAUUCCCGUAUUAGCUGAAAUGUCAGUGGCAAUUAAAAUCCAUCCUCUGUACUUGAUAUUACCGGCUGGUCUUGCCUGCAGUAUGGCUUUCCAUUUGCCAGUGAGUACACCACCUAAUGCACUGGUUGCCGGCUAUGCAAAUAUUAGAUCAAAAGACAUGGCAAUCGCUGGUAUUGGUCCAACAGUCAUCAGUAUAGUCGUGUUGUACGUUUUCAGUCUCACGUGGGGUGCGGUGGUGUACCCUACCUUGAAUUCAUUCCCCGAUUGGGCGAUCACACCGGUUUUAAAUGCAACUACACAUUAAUCGUCUACGCUGCCUUUUGGGUACAGAUUUUAUAGUGUGCGAUGUAUACAUAUUAUCUAAAUUUUCAAAAAAUAUUUAUGUCAAAUAUACAAAUUUUGACGUCAUUAAGUAACUGAAUGAAAAUAAGUGUCUACAAGAAGCAUUAGAUUUUGCUACCGCAUAAAAAAAGUGCCUGGAUAUUGAUGUCACCUUAAUCCUCGUUAUGCAAAGCAAUUAAAUACCGAUUAUGCCAACUUGAUUUGAGGUUUUCAAGUCAUUAACAUCUGUUUUAUCUGAUAUCCAAAUUGAUAAAAAUAGCAUAGCAAUUAUAUAUAUAAUAAAUAUUUUGUAUGAAUUUGGACACUUAAAUGAAAGUUAAACUGAUACCGAUAUUUACAUAUACAUAUGUAUUUAUGUUAUAUUAGUAUAUAACUGUAUAUAAUAAAAAAGUUGUCCUGAUAAUUAUAUAUCCAGCUUUAAAUCAAAAAGAACAACGCCAUCAAAUUGUGACUUCUGCAAACCUCAUAUCUAUGUUACUUAUGCGUUUACACUGCAUUUAUAGUAGAAAGAAAUGAAAGUACGAAUAGUUUUAUAAUGAAUAGUCAAAUGUUAAAAUAUAAAAUACACUUACAAUAUUUACAUUUGAUAUUUAAAUGUAAGGGAUCUUGGAAUUGACAAAAUGCAACAAGUGUACUAAUUAUUGGCAAUAUAUACAUAUGUAUGUGCGUGUUACAAAUAUUUAUAUGUAGACUGUAUACUAAAAAAUAGACUGAAAAAUGGUGCAAAAGAGUCUAAAAUUUGAAGAUAUUUGUUAUAGUACAGAAUACAAAAUUAUUUUAUUUUCGCACAACAUUGUACUUAUAAAUUUUUGAAAAUAUUGUAAAUUUGUAAGUAUUGUAUUCGUUAUAUAUUCAAUCAUAAUAUUAAACAACAAAUAAAGGCACAAAAACUA